GCCACUGUGCGGUGGCCACGAGAAACGAUUUGGCAGGCGUCGCUCUCGCCGCGACAGACAGCCGCCGCACGCGAGACACGUGUGCAAGCAAGCAGCGUGUGAGUGAAAACCGCAACAACGUGUGCGCACAGUUUGUCGCCGUCCGCUAGCCAUGGAGCCCGCUGGUGACUGCUUUGUACCUGGAGGUUUCUUCAGCGUGACGAACGGCUGGAAAAAGCGCUUCGGUAACGUCAAAAUACCCACGGAAGCGCAGCUCGAAAAACACAUGGUGUCGAGCGGAGCGCGCUUCGCGCGACAGCAAAUGAAAGGAACGAUGUUCCAAGAAGAAGGAUACGUGCGCAACGUCAUGUACAACGACGUGUCAGCAGAAUCCACGUGCGGACUUUUGCGUAGUAUCUGCCUACCGUCAAUGAAAGGCGGCUAUUACAUCGUGCACGCCGCGAUUUCCAAGGCGUCGGGCUCCAUCCUGGCUGGUCAUUGCCUCUGCCCCGCAGGCCUGAGCGGCACAUGCCAACAUUUUGUUGGGUUAAUCCUUCAUGCCAUUCACUUGGCGCAAAAGGAUGCGGCAACGUGCACGGAAGUUCCAUGUGCUUGGAUUGUUCCUGCCCAAGUCAAAAAGCAUGAGCCACCUCUGCCUCUGCAAGACAUCACUUUUCACACAAGGAAACAUGAAGGUGCGAAAAGGCGGCGGUUUGAUCCACUGCCAGGGCUCUCACCGAGUGACCCAUCUCUGCUUGCUGCCGAUCUCGAAAAGGUGGCAGCAAACUGCCUGCUUCUCCAUUAUAUGAGCAAAGAAAACUCAGGAGAAUCACUUCACUAUAUUCCAGGAUGAACACAGUCCCAGUGAAGUGGCACCAGAAGCUUCAGACACUCCACUGGUCCCAGACAUUGAAGACAUCCACAGUGAGACCUGUCAAAGACUCAUACAAGAGAGGUUUGAUGGUAAGAAAGUCCACUUCCUUGUUUAUUACUUUUUUCGCAACUUUUUGUCUUGGCACGUGUCAUUCUGAGGCUGUCUCAUUUAUAUAAGAAUGCCCACCUAUGUCUCUGGGCAUCACCUUCACAAGUAUCCCACUGAGCAGCAGAUAAUGCAGCAGUCACUUUUAGACUUAGUGUCUUGUCAUUUCUUAACUUUUACAGGGCUGUCGCAUAACUCGAUGUGUGUGAGCACCCACAGGGUCCUCAAACAUAUCUGCUUCAUCUAUGGCAUGUUUGUGAAGCACUGUGUGAAUGUAUAAUGGAUGUUCCUUUAGCAUGAGUCCAUCACCUGGAUUCAUGCACGGCAUUUGUCAUAUAUAUAUGUUGACUGUGUUUUAGCAGAGCAUGGAAUUGAAAGCAUGCACAUUUGUCUUGCUCUUCUUGUUUUUAGGCAUGUUUAAAUACUUGCAAUACUGAACCAACUCUACGAUUUAGCUAUGUUGACCAGCAUAAUUAGCGAAAAAAAAAUAAAACAUAAUGAGCACAUGCAAGUUACAAGCUGCAGAAAAAUUCUUAUGUCACUGUGAAAGUAAGCUGUACAAUUUUGUAGGAGAUUAGUAUCUACCUACAUUUUAAUCGUUGCAAUAUGCAGUUGUGUCAUUUGACACAACCUAAGUACUUUCGCCUCUUUGAGUAGGCCUGUAGGGGUUUCUUUGUAGGAGUAAAUAAAAGCUAACCUAAUGGUAUUAAGUUUCUGACAAGUGAUUCAACAUAAAAGAAAGUAAGGCGUGCAAACACCAACAAGAGAACUAGACAACAUGGCAUUUACUUAGUUUGGUUCUCUUGUAUCCAUGUUUGCAUGCGUUACUUUCUUUUAGUGCGAUUCGCUACCAACUAGCUGAACUUUCUCUCAUUUUAAGCUUCAUUUCUAGUACACUUAGCUCCUAUCUGCAGUGUUUGUGUUGUCUGGUUCUCUUGUGUCCAUGUUUGCACCCCUUACUUCCUUCCACGAUGAAUCCCCACCAAAUAGCUCAACAUUGCCAUGACAAGUGAUGCUUUGUUGACGUCAUGCUACUUCUCAUUGCUUUAAUACAAUGUAAUGCUUGCUGUACGACUUGUAAAACGGAUUCUAAACCUAUAAAUUAACAAUACUGUGUUUUUUGCAGCUAUACAGGCCCUCUCGGUGGACAGCAGAGCAGUUCUCGAGUCAACGAUUGGACAGGCCGCAAAUCCAACCUGGCACAUGGAGCGGAUUGGUCGGCUAACUGCCUCAAUGUUUAAAAGAAUUGUGUGGUGUUUGUGUAGCUCUGCGAACAUUAGUUGCAUGUUUUGUGCUAACUGUUGCAGCGUUAACGAAUGAGUGCUGGAGGCGGUACUUUGUUGCAGUGAUGUUUGUGGUGGUGAUUUGGAAGUGUGGUCCGCAAUUUGUAUGGGUUGCUGUGAUGUGCUGUUGUUUGCCGUGUGCUUAAAAGCUUCAAACUCGGCUCGUAGCUCGGCUAAACUGUUUCGAAGUAUUUUGUUUUCUAUGGCAAAAUGAAAAGAAAUAGCAUGGCCUAAGCAAAUUGUGUAGCAUUGGUGAUAACUAUAGCCGUUACGUCUAUAGACAUAACAAAAUAAAUGUGCAGUGUACAUGGAAGAUAACUGAAAAAGCAGUAUCAUUUAUUUAGAGAUGGAAAAUACAAAUUUCCUCAGAAGGUAGCACAGUAGACAGCGUCGUCGUAAGUACACGUGAUAUAGUAUGAGAGUACACUGUUGUUACACAGUCUGGUCUCUUCUGGUCAUAAGCAUGGUAAAGGAGGCUCAUUUGAAGUAGAGAUGUGCGAGCUGGCUACUUGUUCUCAUUAUUGAUUGAAAUGAUUGGCUGUAGAAAAUUGCACAAAAAGGCGCAAGUCCUAAAAAUGCUGUCAAUAAUGUCGAGCAUGUUGAUUGGCAGUGGUUUGUCUAAAAAAUGAAAUUCUUUGAUACGUCUUAUGACUCGCUCAACAUGGAUCCUAGCGCCAGCUAUUUUUCGGGUGGCAAUCACGUCACUAGCUGACAAUUGGUUCCCCAUUUUAAAUGGUGGCAUGUGGAUUUGAAUAGAUGGUGGAAAAACGCCCUCCAAUCUAAAGCCUUUGUCGACCAUCACACCGUCCCCUGCAUCUAAUAAACCCAGUAGGCCCGAUUUUUCGACAACU